AUGGAGUCUCCGGACGCACUACCCGAGGCAGGUCCGACUUGCGGUCUAGCAGUUGAUGCGGGGUGGAGGAUACGGCUGGUCAUCCAGCCCCGAAGUCCUGCAGACUCAGACCUCACCCUCCCCUUUGGACUGUUGGGGGUUACCAUGGUCCACCAUGGCACCCACACAAGCCUGUCAUCACAUACGCGGGCCCUGGUGGUGAGAAGGGGGCGGGAGAAUGCCACAACGCUCCACACCCCCAAGAUGGCGGCAACCCACACCACAUUCCCUCCUACCAACAAGCUGUCCCACACACCAGAGCAGCGGGCGGCUACCAAGCUCUAUACAGCGGCGGAGCAACGGAAGCAGAAGAGGUCAGUGGCAAUCAACCAACGACAACAAGCAGUGGAGGGGGCCCCCGUGACAAGUGACAGAGAAAAGCCUUACCCACCCCCUCCAGCAGUAAGCGCCUGCACACAGACUGCAGCGACAGCUAGAGGACGGAGAAGCACUGGCCUUGACCCAGGACCGCAAGACUCCACCACAAGAGAGGGAGGAUGA